ACCCAACUCACACCUACGCUGCGUGUAUUGUGUGUGUGUGUGUGUGUGUCUGGGGGCUUGUGUUGUGGCAGUACAAAUAGAGCGAUGGUUAAAGGCUUAUGAAAGAUGCGUUUGGAAUUUCAUCCCAAAAUCCAAACUUGGUAACCAAAUAAAAUAAAACAAAAAACUCUCAGAAACUUCUCUUUUUGUCGGAAUUAAACCACCUCAUAUGCACAUAAUGGCACAGCUCCAACAGGCUAUACAAGGCCUGCCCCUUCCACCGCCGUUACGCCAACGCUGAAAUUCACCAGCUCUUUAUUCUCGGUUUCCACUGAAAAUUUCAUCUGAGUUUUCUUGUUUUUGGUUUAUUUGAUCUCUUUUCUUGGAUUUUAUUCUCCUUUCCUGGGUGAAGAUUGGAUUUUUUUCGAAAAUUCUGAUCUGGGACGGUGGAAGAAAUCAUGGAGGAGAGUAAAUUGUGUCAGUGGAACGUAAUUCGAUCCGUAUUGGCUAUUCUUCAAUGGUGGGGUUUCAAUGUCACUGUUAUCAUCAUGAACAAAUGGAUCUUUCAGAACCUGGACUUCAAGUAUCCAUUGUCAGUCUCAUGUGUUCAUUUUAUUUCUUCAUCAAUUGGUGCAUAUGUGGUUAUUAAAGUGCUCAAGCUUAAACCUCUUAUUCAAGUGGAUCCUGAAGAUCGCUGGAGGAGGAUCUUUCCCAUGUCAUUUAUAUUUUGUAUAAACAUAGUUUUGGGAAAUGUGAGCCUUCGGUAUAUUCCUGUUUCCUUCAUGCAAACAAUCAAGUCUUUCACCCCUGCAACAACAGUUGUCUUGCAGUGGCUAAUCUGGAAGAAGUAUUUUGAUCUGCGAAUUUGGGCUUCUCUGAUUCCUAUUGUUGGUGGGAUUUUGCUUACAUCUAUCACAGAGCUCAGUUUUAACAUGCUUGGGUUUUGUGCUGCUUUGUUCGGCUGUAUUGCUACUUCUACAAAAACCAUCCUUGCAGAGUCUUUGUUGCAUGGGUACAAAUUUGACAGUAUAAAUACAGUUUAUUACAUGGCACCAUUUGCAACUAUGAUCUUGGCUGUACCAGCCACGCUACUGGAAGGACCAGGGGUUGUGGAAUGGAUUUAUACAUGUCCCUCACUCUUUUCAUCCCUUGUCAUCAUUUUUGGGUCUGGAGUGUUGGCCUUUUGCCUGAACUUCUCUAUUUUUUAUGUCAUUCACUCCACGACUGCUGUGACCUUCAAUGUUGCUGGAAACCUUAAGGUUGCAGUUGCUGUUACAUGUUCAUGGCUUAUCUUCCGGAAUCCAAUCUCCAUGAUGAAUGCUGUUGGAUGUGCUAUAACACUCGUUGGAUGUACCUUCUACGGGUAUGUAAGGCACAUGCUUUCAAACCAAGCUCCGGGAACACCUCGUACACCUAGGACUCCAAGGGGUAAAUCAGAGUUGAUCCCAUUAGUCAACGAGAAGUUAGACGAUAAAAUCUGACUCAUGCACAAUGAUGCCGAGCUCGGAAACUGGUAAUAGUUGAUGGGAAAAGCGGUAAUAGUUGAUUACUGUAGAAAAAGGAAGAGUAGCGUUCAUCUUUAUGUAGCAAGAUUCUACCAUUGUGCCCCCUUUCCCCUGCUCAUAUAUAUAAAUAGUUUAUAGCCUUCUUUCUAACCCAUGCCAAUGGGCAACAUAUUUAUCCUUGUAUGAAGAGGUGAAUACAGGACAUCAGUAAUUCUAAUAGCACAAUGUUUUCUGGAA